AUGGCGAGCGCUUGGAGGAAGGCGAAGAUCGCCCUGGGGCUGAACCUCUGUGUCCAUGUUCCGCGGACGCUAGACGAUGCCUCACCGUCGGACGAUACGACUGGGAGGUUCUCCGACGCGGCGACGAGCUCCCCGGCGUCCACCGGCUCGGCGACGCGGCGAUCGAGGCCGAUGACGCCGACCGCUUCCGCAUCCGUCCUCAGGCUCUCCAAAUCCGGUAGCAGAUCCUCGAAGGUUCGGUCCCUUCUGCUCGACCAUCUCCGAUUUCCUUCUGCCCGAUUCCUCUACCUUCGAUCUGUUUUUUUCUGUGGCUUAACUUCGCCUGGAUGUGCCCUUGCCCCGUUCCUCCGAGAAAAAAUAAAAUUAGAACAGUGAGAUCGGUUCCUCUCGCAUCCCAAGGAUUGGGUUUCCAAAAGUCGGGCAAUUAGAUCGGAGCAGCCGCUGGUUUUCUCGGCUAGCUCUUUCGAUCCUUGUUGUUGUUGUUGUUAUUGUUGUUAUUGUUGUUGCCGGUGGCGGUGGAAGGGGGGGGGAGGAAGUUGCAGGGUGGAAAGGAAGGGGGGAGGUCUUCGUUUUGGGGGAUUGAAGGAAAUAAGGAAGGAAGGAGUGAAAGAAGGAAAGGAGGAAGGAAGGGAGAGCCACCUGGCCUGGCAUGAAAAAGGAAACUACGACCCUCCUUUCCCUGCUUUUCGAUGGUCUCCGCCCUCUGCUCUUCUGGUCAGCCGCGGCACAGUUCUUCCUGCUUCUUUUCCGAAUAAAAUAUUUAUCGCCUAGGAGCAUGCUUUCUCGCUUAUCCCUGUUGAAUUCACCCUGCCGAUCGACGCCUCCUCCUGCCGCCAUGGAUGACAAGAUAUGGCUGACGAUCUCCUCUGCUGCUAACCUCCUUCCUCUCCCUCUUGUUGCAGAGGACCUGCGCGAUAUGCCUGGGCAUGAUGAAGCCUGGCCACGGCCACGCCCUGUUCACGGCCGAGUGCUCCCACGCCUUCCACUUCCACUGCAUUGCCUCCAGCGUGAAGCACGGGAACCAGGUCUGCCCCGUCUGCCGUGCCAAGUGGAAGGACAUCCCCUUCCCAGCCCCGGAGCUCCCCCAUGGCCGGGCCCGGGUCAACCCUCUGGACUGGCCGCAGGAGGACACCCGCAUGACCAUCUGGCGCCCUCUUCCCCGCUCCGCCUCCUCCGGCCGCCACCACCAUUAUCAGCACCACCAGCUCCUGCCCUUCUCUCCGAACGCCGAACCUAGCUUGUUCGACGACGAUGAGCCCCUGGAUCCGCCGCGUCCCCUGGAGCCGUGCCCGGGCAACAAGGAGCAGGGACGGCGCUCGAGGUCCGUGGAGCUCAAGAUCUGCCCGGAGUUCUCGGCGGUUCAGCGCUCCGCCUCGCCGGAGAAUUUCACCGUCCUCGUUCAUCUCAAGGCCCCGGUCGCCGGAAGAGUAGAUUCCCCGGCGAGCUCGUCCGUGUUGCAGACCUCGCGGGCGCCGGUGGACCUGGUCACGGUUCUGGACGUGAGCGGGAGCAUGGCGGGGACGAAGCUGGCGCUGCUGAAGAGGGCCAUGGGAUUCGUGAUCCAGAACCUCGGGCCCUCUGAUCGCCUCUCCGUCGUCGCCUUCUCGUCCACCGCCCGUCGCCUGUUCCAGCUCCGCCGGAUGACGGAGAUCGGCGGGCAGCAGGCUCUGCAGGCCGUGAACACCCUCGUCGCCAGCGGCGGCACCAACAUCGCGGAGGGCCUCCGGAAGGCCGUCAAGGUGAUCGAGGAGCGCAAGGAGAAGAACCCAGUCUGCAGCAUCAUCCUCCUCUCCGACGGGCAGGACACCUACACGCUCUCCUCUUCCGCCACCGCCGCCGGCAGCAGAGCUGGCACUCAGCAGGCGAGCACCGACUACCGGCCCCUCCUACCCUACUCGAUCCGCGGCGGCGGCGGCGGCGGCAUGGGGCAGAAGAUUCCCGUCCACGCGUUCGGCUUCGGCACAGACCACGACUCGACGCUGAUGCACUCCAUCUCGGACAUCUCCGGGGGAACCUUCUCCUUCAUCGAGGCCGAGAGUGUGAUCCAGGACGCCUUCGCGCAGUGCAUCGGCGGGCUCCUAAGCGUCGUCGUACAGGAGAUGCGGGUGGAGAUGGAGUGCCUCCACCCUAGAGUGAAGAUCACCGCCGUCAAGUCCGGCAGCUACGCCGGCCGGGUGGCGGACGACCGGCGGCGAGGGUCCAUCGCCGUCGGCGACCUGUACGCCGACGAGGAGCGGGACUUUCUGGUCUCGCUCAGCGUCCCCCCGGCGGAGCUACCGGCGGCGGAGACCACGACGGCUCUACUGAAGGUGGCGUGCAGCUACCGGGACCCCGCGUCGCAGGACGCCACGGCUCCGGCGAUCACCCGGGAGGUGAGCAUCCAGAGGACCGACGAGGAUGGUAGUGGCGAUGGCGAUGGCGGCGCCGGGGAGGGGAGGACGAUAUCGAUGGAGGUGGACCGGCAGCGGAACAGGCACCUGGCGGCGGAGGCGAUGGCGGAGGCGAAGAGCGCGGCGGAGGGCGGGGAGCUGGCGGAGGCGGUGGCGAUUCUGGAGAGAUGCCGGAGAGCGGUGGCGGAGAGCGCCUCCGGGAGGGCGGGGGACCGGCUGUGCAUGGCGCUGGAGGCGGAGCUGAAGGAGACGCAGGAGAGGAUGGCGAGCCGGCAGCGUUACGAGGCGUCGGGGAGGGCGUACGUGCUCUCAGGUCUGAGCUCACACUCGUGGCAGCGGGCCACCGCGAGGGGGGACUCCACCGACAGCGCCAGCCUCGUCCGCGCCUACCAGACGCCCUCCAUGGUCGACAUGCUCCAGCGCUCCCAGACGUUGACCCCCGCCGCCACCCGCCGCCCCAACUCCGUGCCCCCCAUCCGCCCCGUCCGCUCCUUCCCCGCCCGACCCUCCCCGAGGUAA